AUGGAUUCCGUGCAGCUCCCCAGCUUACAAAACGGAUCUCUGGAAGACCCGUCCCUGGACGAGGAGCUAACCUUCAACACGCAGUCCCUCGUCCAAGUCAUCGUCUACUCAGUGCUCUUCGUCGCAGCGGCAGCCGGCAACGUCUCCGUGUUCGUCAGCCUCUUGGGCAAGAGACACCGAAAGUCCGGCAUCAAGUUGAUGAUUCUGCACCUGGCCGUGGCCGACCUCAUCGUUACCUUCGUCAUGAUACCCAUGGAGAUCGGCUGGAGGCUCACGGUCCAGUGGACGGCUGGGAACGCCAUGUGCAAGGUGAUGCAGGUGCUCCGGGCCUUUGGACCCUAUCUGUCUUCGAUGGUGCUCGUCUGCAUCAGCGUAGAUAGGUACUUUGCGGUGCUGCAUCCGCUCAAAGUUCACGCUGCCCAGCAGAGGGGCAAGAAGAUGUUAGCUGUCGCCUGGUGCACCAGCUUGGCCUGCAGCACGCCGCAGGUGAGGAUCAGUCUGUUCUCUUUCGGUACCGGCUAA